AUGUGGCUGGAGGUAGGGGUCCUACUGAGGGGGACUUGUGGACAGCAGGGCCGAGCUACUGGUCUGCCUUGUGGGGCCCUGCGGCCUGGACUCCACUGGUGGUUGUCUUGUAGGAGUUCUCAGGUCCAGAGGUUUCAUCAGAAUGGGUCUGACAAAGGCCUUGGGGAGGAGGACAUUCGCAAGGCACGGGAGGCCCGAGUCAGGAAGACACCCCGGACUCAGCUGAGUGACCGCUCUCGAGAACGCAAAGUACCUGCCUCCCGCCUCAGCCGUUUGGCCAACUUUGGGGGACUGGCUGUGGGCUUGGGGCUGGGAGCACUGGCUGAGGUGGCCAAGAAGACCCUGCCAGGAAGACACCUUCAGUCAGGAGGUAGCUCCCAGCUGGGCUCCAGCUCUUUCCUGUCAGAAGCCAAUGCCGAGCGGAUCGUGCAGACCUUGUGUACAGUUCGAGGGGCCGCCCUCAAGGUUGGCCAAAUGCUCAGCAUCCAGGACAACAGCUUCAUCAGCCCCCAGAUACAGCGCAUCUUUGAGAGGGUCCGCCAGAGCGCUGACUUCAUGCCCCGCUGGCAGAUGGUGAGAGUUCUGGAAGAAGAGCUCGGCAGGGACUGGCAGGCCAAAGUGGCCUCUUUGGAGGAGGUACCCUUUGCUGCUGCUUCCAUUGGGCAGGUGCACCAAGGCAUGCUGAAGGAUGGGACGGAGGUGGCCGUGAAGAUCCAGUACCCUGGUGUCGCCAAGAGCAUUGAGAGUGAUGUCCAGAACCUGCUGGCGGUGCUCAGUAUGAGUGUGGCCCUGCCCGAGGGCCUGUUUGCUGAGCACAGUUUGCAGGCCCUGCAGCAGGAGUUGGCUUGGGAGUGUGACUACCGUCGUGAAGCAGCUUGUGCACAGAACUUUAGGCAGCUGUUGGCAGAUGACCCCUUCUUCCGAGUGCCAGCCCUAAUUCAAGAGCUGUGUACCACACGGGUGCUGGGCAUGGAGCUGGCCAGAGGGAUCCCUCUGGACCAGUGUCAGGGCCUGAGCCAGGAUGUCCGGAACCAGAUUUGCUUCCAGCUCCUGAAGCUGUGUCUACGGGAGCUGUUUGAGUUCCGAUUCAUGCAGACGGACCCCAACUGGGCCAACUUCCUGUAUGACACUUCCAGCCACCAGGUGACUCUGCUGGACUUCGGGGCAAGCCGGGAAUUUGGGACAGAGUUCACAGAUCAUUACAUUGAGGUGGUGAAGGCGGCAGCUGAUGGGGACAGAGCUCGGGUACUACAGAAAUCCCGAGACCUCAAAUUCCUCACAGGCUUUGAAACCAAGGCAUUCUCAGACGCCCACGUGGAGGCAGUGAUGAUCUUGGGGGAGCCUUUUGCCUCCCAGGGACCCUAUGACUUUGGGGCGGGAGACACUGCCCGCCGCGUGCAGGACCUCAUCCCUGUGUUGCUGAGGCACCGGCUGCGCCCACCUCCGGAGGAGACCUACGCCCUGCACCGGAAGCUGGCAGGGGCCUUCCUGGCCUGUGCCCGCCUCCGCGCCCACAUCAACUGCCGGGACCUUUUCCAGGACACCUACCACCGCUACUGGGCCAGUCGCCAGGGAUAGCCACAGCCUGCAGCCUGCUGCCUGCUGAACGGAGGGAACCUCAAGGCACUAAGAAGCCUCCCCCCGCAACCCCUCCAUGGACAUCAGACAACCGCCUCCAUCUGA